AUCGGAGCAAAAGCCUCUCAAAAUUCCUUCGACUCUAAUUUGUUGACAUCUCGAGUCGCACUUAGCGAUAGAAUUAGCGUUCUAAUCUCGUUACUUUGACCUAGCCGUUUCUUGCCACGCCAAGACGCGCCGCUGACUAAGCUUUGUGCGUAUACCUAAGUAGCUUGCGACUAAUUCACAGGACGUAGUUAUUGUUUCCGAGUAACAAUUCAUUCUGGACUUCCAAGUUGUCGUUCUAGGUAGAGAGGUCCUGGCAGGAAGGUCAUUUUCGCGCGUAGUGGAUUCUUGUCAUGUCGUAACCCUAGCUUCGCGAGCAUGACCUGUGCGAGUGAGCGAAGGGUCCUCGUAGUUCGCUCAGCUCUGCGAGUGAUGUUCGUUCACGACCCGUCGCAGGAGGACGAUAGACCGAAACCAUGCUCGCAAGCUGCCUUGCGACAAUGCGUGUCGCCACGGAGCUGCGACGGGCCAGGCGACGAGCCUGCGACGGUCGCGUGUGACAGUACCGAUCGCACAGUACCGAGCGACCAAGAGCAUGCUGUCGCAGGCGAAGAGCUUGACGCAUUGGAAGCGGGUCACUCGGGGAAAGACGCCCCAUUGGCGACAGAGUUGCCCACAGGCGCGGAUAAGCAACUCGCGCGUGUUCCCGAGCCGGUUGCGCAACAGUCGCCGCCCCCCAACUCCCCGCUUCCCCCGCUAGUAGAGGCCCAGCCCGCCGCGGACCGCUCAGAGCUAUCACGGAAAGAGGCGCGAGAAGGGAGCGGAUGAAGCAGGGCCGAUUCCCUGUGGGACGCCCCAUCCGCUAUCCGGUUCCCCCGAUCCCGCCUGCCAACGCGCUGACAAGCAGUUUGAGGGGGUUGCGGAGCGAGAGGGCGCGGAGGAGGGGGGGAGGGCGCGGAAGAGGAGGGGGAAGGCGUGGGAAGGAGGGGGGGGCGAGGGGAAGGAAGAGACGGGUAGCGGAAGCUGCUGCUGUGAGGAGGUCUGAGAGGCUGAGUAGAAAGAGGGGAGGAUGGGAAAGUGAGGAGGAGGAGGAGGAGGAGGACGAGGAAGGAGAGGAAGGAGAAGAAGUGGAGGAGGAAGGGGAGGAAGGGGAGGAAGGGGAGGAAGGGGAGGAAGGGGAGGAAGGGGAGGAAGGGGAGGAAGGGGAGGAGGAGGAGGAAGCGGAGGAAGGAGAAGAGAACGGGGGGGAAGGGCAAGAGGACGAGGACGGGGAGGAAGAGGAGGAGGGGUGGGGUGAGGAAGGAGAGGAAGGGGAGGAGGAUGCAGGGGAGGGGCAAGAGGCGGAAGACUGGGAGGAGGGGGGAGGGGGAGAGGAGGCGGGCGACCAAGACGUGGGAGAGGAAGCACACGAGGAGGAAGGGGUGGAGGGGGAGAGAGCUGAAGAUGCUGGCAUUGUUGAGGAUGAGGGUGAAAAUGGCAUAGAGCAUAUGCUAGAGAACACCGCAGAGCUUGCCGUAGCAGAAGCAGGAGCAAUGGCAGAGGGGGGAGCAGAAGGAAACAGACGCCUGGGAGAAGCUGAGUGUGGUGAGCUGGCGCUGGCAGGGAAUCCCUGGGAGGGCGCAGAUGAGGAGGCAACAGGAGGGGUUGAGGGCUUCAGCCUGCUCUUCCCGGGCUCGGCUGCUGGCCGCAACAUCAACCUCUGGAGAAGAAGGUUUAUCAGGGCCAAUCCGCACCUGAUUCUGGGCUGGGAUAAUGUGCGCCAGCAGGAGUUGAACCCGGGUCUUCUGGGAGCGGGGCUGGCAGGGCCAGGUGCUGAGGCCACACCAGAGAAAGCACAGAUCUCCUGGGCUGUUGAUGGGGCGCUUGGGGGAUCAGCGGUGUAUGGCCCCUCUGGCAAGAAGAAGCAGUACAUGUGCCGCAAGCGUGCUGAGGUGGAGGCAAAGGCGAAGGCUGCUGCUGCCGAGGCAGAGGCGAAAGGGAAGGCUGAAACGGAGAAGGUUAGAGCAGAUAGAGAAGCCAAGGAAACGGCAGCGGCGGAGAAAGCUGAAGUGGCUAAGGCGAAGGCUGCUGCAGAGGCAGAGGCGAAGGGGAAGGCUGAAGCGGAGGAGAGGAGAAUGGAGGCUGAGAGGCGGGCUGAAGCGGAUAGAGAGGCGAAGAAGAAGGCUGAAGCCGAGGAGAGAAGAAUGGAGGCUGAGAGAAAGGUUGCAGCAGAGAGAGAAGCAAAGGAAAGGGCGGACGCGGAGAGAGCAGCAAGAGAAAGGGCUGAAGCGGAGAAGGCUAGAGCAGAUAGAGAGGCCAAGGAAAAGGCAGAGGCGGAGAAAGCUAAGGUGGAAACGGAGAGAAGGUCUCGACGAGUGCGGGAAGCGAAGGAGAGAAUAGAGGCAGAAGCGACGGCUAAGGAUGAUGUAGAAAAGACCAGAGCCGAGGCAGAGAGGAGGGCUGAAGAGGAGAAAGCUCGAGCAGAGAGAGAAGCCAAAGACAAGGCAGAGGCGGAAGCGAAGGUGAGAGACGAGGCAGAGAAGGGUAGAGUAGAGGCGGAGAGGAGGGCUGAAGCAGAGAGGGAGGAGAGGGAGAAGGCAGAGGCGAAAGGAAGGGCAGAAAUGCGGAGAGCGAAGAGGGAAGCAAAGGAGAAGGCAGGAGUGGAGAAAGCUAGAGAAGAUGCAGAAGCAGAGCGAAGGAGAAGAACAGAUUGCGGUGAGGCGAAAUUGGGAUGUGGGAUAGAGGUGCCAAGGGCUGUACACAGGCAGCCGGAGGCAGCAGGGAAGGGAAGGGGAGAAACGAUUCUGAAAGUUCGGUUUGGAAGUAGGGUGGUUGCCCGUGUAGAGGCAGGAGUAAAGAGAAGAGAGGAGGGGAAGAGCGAGAAUGAGGAUAGAGGACAAGAGGAUAGUGGGAAGAUGAGUGAGGGGAAGGAGAAUGAGGGGAAGGAGAAUGCGGAGAAUGGGAAUGGGGAGAAUGGGGAUGAGGAGCAUGGGAGCACGACAGAGGAAGACGAAAUCGAGUGGAUAAAAGAGGAGCGUGAGGAGGGUGAGUCGCGCGGGUAUGCGGAGGUGGAGGAGGAUGAGUCAGAGGGGUGUGUGGCGGUGGAGGAGGGUGGAUUGAGCGGGGGUGCAGGUGAGGAAGAGGAUUCAAAAUGGUAUGUGGAGGUGGAGGUGGUAGUGGACGAUACACGCCACACGUCCGGGCCUGUCGAUACUGCUGUUGCAGCCAACAGCAUUGAUGCUAACAAGUCGGCAGCUGAAGGCAUUGCAGACCGGACCAGAUUUGAUGAGACUCCUGCUGCUGCUGGUUCUGCUGCUGCUGGUUCUGCUGCUGCCCCGCCUCAAGAAGCCUUACAAGGGGCAAUUACCCCUACCAAAGAACCCCCGCCUGCUAAAUCAGUCUGCCCUGCCCCGGCCAUGUCCCCUGCCGUAGCACAACCGCGUUCUGUGGAGUCUGUUGCUGCGCCUCCCAUACCUGAGCCCGCAGGUGCAUCUGAACCCACACCAUCUGCACCAGGUGAAACAACAGAGAACUCUCCUGAUGCCCCAGGUGCAGCUCAAUCUUCAGGUGCCCCUUCAGGUGACCCCACCAACGCCACCACAACCCUCUCCUCGCCCCCCUACCCCGGCCCGACCAAUGUCACGCUGACAACUGUCCCCAAGAACGUGAAAUCCCUCCUCGAAUCUGGCCUACUGGAAGGCAUCCCCCUGGUGUACGACGACGGGCGUAACCGGCUGCGCGGCGUGGUAACCAGGGGGGCCGUGGCGUGCGGGUGUGCCGAGUGCGGGUGGAGAAAUAUAGUCCCGUGCGCCGCCUUUGAGCUGCAUGCGGGGAGUGCGGCCAAGAAAGCAGCCAACUACACGUUCCUGGACGUGCCGUGUGCUGCGAGUGAGUGUGAGCGGGAGGGCCGGACCAUGUCAGCUGCUGAAGCGGCGAGCCUCCGAGGGCCGUGCCUGAAGGAUAUUAUUCUGGUUGCCGGACGUGCUGCCGAGCCUGGCGCUGCUUCGACGGCGGUGGAACGGGAGAUGAGGCGGGCGGAGUCGGGGUCAACGCACAAGGCACUGUUCCGACCAGGCGGGAUAGAGGAUGGCACAGGGCUAGGCUAUUACAUGAAGGGGCAGUGCCUGCUGAAAGGAGUCAAGCAGGGCAGCGGCAUUCUUUGCAGCUGCUGCAACGAAGUGAUCAGCAGCUCUCAGUUCGAGGCGCACGCUGGGAAGGGAGCGCACCGCAACCCCUACAACCGCAUAUUCACCACCCAGGGCUACAGCCUGCACGACCUGGCAGUCCAGCUGGCCGCCUCCCGCCCACCGUGCACGCCUGCUGCUUCUGCUGCCGGCUCUGCUGGGAGGAAAUCAGCCAGCAAGCGCGGCGCCGCAGGAGGAGAGGCCCGCGACUCCCGCGAGUCGAGCCCGCGCGUGCACCUGGGCAUGGGCGCGGACGGGCACUCGGACGACUGCAUCAUGUGCGGCGACGGGGGCGUUCUGCUGCUCUGCGAGAGCUGCCCUGGGGCGUACCACCCUGACUGCGUGGGCCUGCUUGCUAUCCCCGAUCAAGACUGGUACUGCCCCACUUGCAAGCCCUCUACUGCUUUCUCCCGCCACCUGGCCCCGCUCCCCCCGAGGUCGCACGACUUUGUCCCGUCGGGGUUUGGCCCGCGGACCAUCAUAUUCUGCGAUCAGUGCGAGAAGGAGUACCACGUGGGGUGCUUGAAGGAGCAUGGGGUGCAGGAUCUGCUGCAGUUGCCCGAGGGGAAUUGGUUUUGUUGCAAGGCGUGUGAGGAGGUGUAUGAUGCGCUGCAGGCCGUGCUGGCACGGGGCACCAUGCACCUGCCAGACCUCCCGGAUUGGGAUGAAAUGGCCGAGCCGCACCUGCUGGAGCCAGAAUUGAUUCAGCCUGUACCAGCACCAGCAGUACUGGCUUUGCCACCAGCAGCAGCAGAAGCAGCAGCAGCAUCAGCAGCGACACUGCAGCCGCAUAUUCGGGCUAUUGCCACGCCUGGCCCACUUGCCACUCCUGUCUCUCACGCCUCGCCCCUCCCUCCGGGCAGCACGCCGCCCAGCCAGCACAGCAGUGCGUGCCGAUUGGAGCUGCCUCAAAGCACACCUCAGCAGGGCGGGAGUGCAUCCCAGGCUCGGGCAACAACGUUUGACACCACUCCAAUCAUGUCCCAGGCCCGGGCGGCGACCUUUGACCCGACGCCCAACUCGUCGCAGGCUCGGGCGGCGCAGAGCAGGGCCCGGGGCGGCGAGCUGACGUGGCAGGUGCUGAAGGGGCGGCGGGGUUCGGAAGCCAACGGACUGACGCUGGGCGGCGUAUGUCAGCUGUUUGCGGAGUCGUUUGACCCGAUUAGAGAUGGGCUCACGGGGAAGGACCUCAUCCCCCUCAUGGUCCGCAGUCGCAGCAGCCGGGAGCAUGAGUUUCAGGGCAUGUUCUGCACCGUGCUCAAGCACCGCGACCGCGUGGUGUGUGCCGCAUGCAUCCGCAUCUUCGGGCGGGAGCUCGCCGAGAUGCCCCUCGUCGCCACGGCCUACUCGCACAGACGGAGGGGCCUCUGCAAGAUUCUGCUCAACUCACUCGAUGUUCUCUUCUCCCUCCUGGGCGUCAAAAACUUUUGCCUGCCCGCUGCCCCGGGUGCAGAGGGCACGUGGAUAAAAGGGUUUGGCUUUUCAGUGAUGACUGAGGAAGAGGUCACUCAGGUGCAUCGGGAUUUCCCGCUCCUCGUCUUCCCCGGAUCUGUCAGCGUGGUUCGGCAGGUCCCGAGCCUGCCCCGGAAUUACCGCCAGGCGGCCGAGCUUCAGGUGUUUGGUGCGGUUGGGGUGGCGCCUUUGCCGCACUUGGAGUCCCUCCCCCCGUUAUUGUCACACUCGAUACAAGACAAGUUGCCAGAGAAGAAACAAGCAGAGGAAGAGAAGCCUCGGGGUGAAAAGGGUAUGGGGGAAGGAGGAAUGAAGCAAGAACAGGCAGGAAGUGGGGCAGCAGCGUCGGCAUUAGAGGGUGCUGCUGCUGUUGCCGCUCUUACUGCUGCUCCUGCUCCUGCUCCUGCUUCUGCUGCUGCUGCUCCUGAUGCUGAUGCUGCUGCUCCUGCUCCUGCUGCUGUUGCUGCUGCUGCUGCAGCAGCAGCUGGUACUGCUGCUGCUGCUGGUGCAUCGGCUCCUGCUCCUGAUGCCAUUGAGUCUGCCACUGGAGCCGUGUUACAUUCAGCUAAGGAGGAGGACGGUGCAGGGGAUGCAGAGAAGGGAGCAAAGGCAACGCAGGGCAUAAGGGCAGCUGCAGUUGCUACAGCAGGAGUGGCAGUGGGGCCUGCUAUUAACAGUGCUGUUGUGACAGCUGCUGCAGGGGAGGCAGAGGUGGUUAGGCAAGCAGGCGUGGUGACAGCAGGGGAUAGUGCACAGAGUGUGAUGCUGACAGCAGGGGAUGGUGCUGCGAAUGUGGUGGUGACGGCUGAUGCUGAGGAAGCAGUGGUGGUUAGGGAAGCAGGGUUGGUGAGAGCAGGGGAUGGUGCUGAGAGUGUGGUGGUGAUUGGUGGUGAAACAGAAGCAGAGGUCGUUAGGCAAGCAGCGGUGGUGAGAGCAGGAGAUGGUGCUGAGAGUGUGGUGGUGAUUGGUGGUGAAACAGAAGCAGAGGUCGUUAGGCAAGCAGCGGUGGUGAGAGCAGGAGAUGGUGCUGAGAGUGUGGUGGUGACGGCUGGUGCAGGGGAAGUCGAGGUCUUGGUUGAAGCCAAGGAGCGGAGGCAGAGAGAGGAACAGGCAACAUGUCAGGGGCAAGCAGAGGGUGAUGUUGUGACGCAAGCAUUUAGAAAUGCUGUCAGAGGCACGGUGGAAGGGCAUGAGCAUGAGAGGCCAGGGGGCGAUGCUGGGGGAAGCGACGAUGGAGGAGAAAAGAAGAGAAGAGUGGAUGAAAGGGGGGAGAAACAAAGAGGAGGAGAAGAGGAGAGAGGAGAAGAGGAGAGAGGAGAAGAGGAAGAGAGUGAGGUUGAGGUGGUGGAGGAGGAAGUCAGUGGGGAGGCAAGGGAGAGGGGUGAGGCAGAGGGGGAGAGGGGUGGCGCAGAUUGGGUGGCUCUGAACGGGGACUCGGAACAGCAGGGCUGGGUGGCUUGUGCGAGCUGGGAGGAAGUGACAGAGCCAGAGAAGCGAGAGGAGGACGACGAGGGGGGCGAGGAGGACGAGGAGGAAGAGGAGGGAGCGGAGGCAGACGAGGAGAUGGUGAUUGGGAAGUUGCAAGGGCGUGGGGUUGAGACUUGGAGGCGUGGGAAGGAGAGGAAGAACGGGAGGGUGGGGGGGCAGCAGGAACCCCUUCUUUUUGUUGUGGCGGUUCCAGAGAAGGACUAUGAUGCUUCGGUGUGGGAUGUUGGUGGUGACGGGGAGAAGGAGAAUUGGGGGAGUGGUGAGGGGAAGGCGGAGGAGGGGCGAGACGUUUUUGACGGGCAGGAGGAGGGAGAGAGAGGGAGGAAGAGGCGGCGAGUGGCGUUUGCUUGUGACACCCUGGGGAGUGAUGUGAAUAGUGCUAGUGCAUAUGAUGUGAAGCGAGAAAUACUGGCUGUUGAUUCUUGCAGCUCUGCUGCGCGCACGCGACCACGCCACCAUGCACCCGAACCCUUGAACCACCAUGCACACGACCCUUCCCACUCCUACGGCAUUCCAAACCCAGACAAACCACUCCAUCCUGAGGUGCUCGUUGACUCCUCUCACAACCCAUCCCAUCCACCCCCUCCCCAGCCAUCCCAACCGCCUGACUCGUGUCAUUCUCCCCAUCGACCUUCACCCACCCAGCAAUCACCCACCCAGCAACCACCCACCCAGCAAUCACCCACCCAGCAACCACCCACCCAGCAAUCACCCACCGCAGGCCUCUCACCCUGUCAGAACCCCCUACCUUUGACCCGGGCCAACGGUGGGCACCAUGAUUCACCAGGCGUGGAAGGACACACCUUCCCCAUCUGCCUCGCCUUGCCUGCCCAAUUUGCUGCUGUUGUAGCUGCCAAAGCUGCCGCUGCUGCCAAAGCUGCUGCUGCUGCCAGUGCGAUUCUUGGCGCUGCCACUGCUGCUUCUGGUGCCAGUAGUGAUGAUGGCAGGGCGAGCAUUAAGUAUGUGAGAAAGCGCAAGGCAGCGGACACUGCUGGUGCUGGCGCUGCUGCUGCUGCUGCUGCUGCUGCUGCUGCUGCAGGCGCUGGCGCUGGUGCUGCUGCUGCUGCUGCUGCUGCUGCUGGCGCUGGCGCUGGCGCUGGCGCUGGCGCUGGUGCGGGCGUUGCAUCCUCUGAGCAGGUGAUUUUUGAGUCGACUCAAAAAUCCUCUGAGCAGGCGAGGAGCCAGCAGCAGGAGGAGCAGGCAGUGGGAAGUGCUGCUGGUGCUUGCGGCGCAUCGACGCACGAGCAGGAAGAGAAAACGGGAGAAGUCGAACGAAGGAUGCAGAAUGGGCAGGAAAAGGAGCAGGCAAGAAGACAGCAGCAGGAAGAGGAGCAGGCAGUGGGAAGAAGUGCUGCUGCUGCUGCUGGUGCUGGCGGCGCUGCUGGUGGUGGUGAUGCACCCACGCACGAGCAGGCAGGGGAGUAUGGAGAAGCAAAGCGACCAAGAUGGGGCAGAGCUGAUGAGGAGCAGACAAGAGACGAGCAGCGGGAAGUGCAGGGAAGGCGAGGAGGACAGGGGCAGCAGGAGGAGGGAAAGAAGGGGAAGAAGUGGCAGCAGGGGGAGAAAGAGGAGCAGUCGAAGCACGUUGAAGCUUAUCUUUCCAAUCCGACAGUGGAGGAAAAGGGGGCGGUUCUGCUGUCUGGCAAGAGACGGAGGGGAGGGACGGCAAGACGGAAAAGAGUUGGUGGCUGGGGCGCCGUGCUUGGGUUCGGGAGGGGCACGUGGGAGGGGGGAAUAGAACACGUAGAGGAUAACAAGGAUAACGUAGAGGAUAAGCUUCUAGAGGGUAAACGCAUUGAAGUGGGGUCUGAAGCUGAACGUGAGGAGGAGGGGAGCGUACCUGAGCAUGCUGAGGAUAACAAGGAAGCUGAGUUAAAUAAGGCUCCGAAAGUCGUGGCGAGGGCUGGAGAGGGUAGAGAGGGAAGAUUCUCGGUUUUUAGCAGCGGAGCAAAGGGGAGGAGUGACUGCAUUCCUUGGAUGGUGCACAGCCUACUGGCGAAGAGUGGGACACACAAAAGGAAGCGGAGGAGCGCUGCUGAGGAGGAGGAGGAGGGGGAAAAGGAGGAGGAAAAGGAGGAGGAAAAGGAGGAGGGAUGGGAGGAGGAGCAUAGAGAGCUGAGUGCGGGGGAUAAAGGAAGGAAGAGGCCGGGUUUGUCUGCUGGAGGGAGUCAAGGGAUGAGAGGUGUCAGGGCGAGGAAGGGGCAAGGUGGCAGGGGUGGUGUGGAAGAGGAGAAGGGCGACACGGAAGUUGAGGUGACAGGGGGAAUCGGGGCUCAGGGGGAGCAUGAGAUGGUUUUUGAUGAAGUGGUAGAGGGGAGUGGCGGAGAGGAGGGGCAGGGUGGGGACGAGGGAGUGGUUAGCAUGAGUGAAGAUAGGAGAGAGAAGAGUGAGGGAGAGAGUGCAGGGGGGAAGGGAGAGGAAUGGUUGGAGAGAAAGCAGACAGGGCUGGACCUCUUGAUGAGGCGAACCAGUGCCAUUGAGGGGAAGAGUGAUAAGGACGGUAGGAAUGAAAAGGAGGGGAAGGACAGAGGUAAAGGGGUGCGGGUGGGUGGUAAAGGGAGGAGGGACACGGUUUCCACAGGAGAGGAGGAGGUGUGUGCGAAGGGGGGUAGCGAUAGUGACGGUGUGAUCCGGAUGAGAAGCACAGAGGAGGUGACAAACGCUGCCAUGCGGUGCGCCUUUGAGGCGCCUCGAACGCGACGCACAGGGGAGGUGGCGAGUGCUGCUGCCUUUGAGGGGCCUCAUACGCGACGCACGGGGGAGGUGGCGAAUGCUGCUCUGCGGUGUGGGCGGGGGGAGGGUGCGGAUGGGCGCAGCAGGCGGGGAAGAGGGCGGCAAAGGGGAGGAGAGAGUAGUGAAGGCGACGAGGAAUCGAGUGAUGAGGGUGAGACUGGUGAGGGGGGCGAGGAAGAGUUGCAGGAGGAGGAAGGAGAAGGAGAGGAAGUGGACGAGUCGCAGGACGAAGAAGAAGAGGAGGAGGAGGAUGUGUAUGAGCCUGAGGGGAAAAGCGAUAGGCUGGGGAAGGGAAGGGGGAGGGGCAGAGGGCGGGGCAGGGGGAGGGGCAGCAGUAGGGGCAGGAGAAAAGAGAGUGAACGAAGGAGAGUGGGUACUGCAAGUAUGGCGGAAUCGAGUGGUGGAAACAGUAUUGAUGAGGGUGGGGAGGAGGAGAGUGAUGAGGGUGGGGAGGAAGAGAGUGAGUCUGGGGAAGGGGAAGUAUCAGAGGGGGGAGAAGAUCUGUAUGAGCCCGAGGACAAGCGAUAUGGGGUGGGACGGGGAAGGGGGAGGGGUAGAGGGCAGGGCAGAGGGCGGGGCAGAGGCAGAGGGAGAGGCGGAGGAAGGGGUAGGGUGCUGGAGGGGACUGAUGACUCUGACAGUGACUCUCUCGAGGGAGGGGACGUGGAAGGAAGAGGGCGAGGCAGGGGCAUGGUUGCAUUAUUGUCAGUUAGGGGGGGGUAUAGGCAGCAGGUUAUGGUUAUGGGGGAAAAUGGCAAGAUGCAGCUGAGAAAGAUGGAUUGACUAUCAAGAUUGCGUCAGUUAACCGAAAUUCCAGCUCAUUUUAUUGUUUCGCUUUUAGGUGAAGGAAUACCAGUAUUUGGAAUGACAAACGAGGAUUUCACAACUUUAGGAGAGGGGAUACGUUAAAUUUAAGAUAUAUAUAUUUUAAGACAGU